CGAAAAAAAAAAUAACUCCAUGAUUUUGCGAUAAAAAUAAAACAAGUGUAUCCAAAUUAUGCAUGCGUCUGCUCAUCCCGAUUAAUUACAUGCUGUUUCCGGUAUCUGAGAAAAUAAAAACUUGAGAGAAAUGGAUGACAUAUUGAGAGACAAGAGGUUUGCCCAUGUGGCUAAAGACCCGAGAUUUCGCAAAAUGCCAGUUGGUGAGCGGAAAGUGAAGAUAGAUAAAAGGUUUAAAGGAAUGUUUAAAGAUAAAAGGUUUAAGUUAAAAUAUUCUGUGGAUAAAAGGGGCAAACCAGUCAAUCUGACUACCAACGAGAAUCUGAAGAAAUAUUAUGAGUUAUCUGACAAGGAUAGUUCAGACAGUGAUGGAAAUGAAGAUGAUAAAGUUGAAAGACAUUCAACUGAUUCAAGUGAAACUGAAAAAGUGGUUAAACAUGAAAACAAUCUGAAAGGUACAAUCAAGAAAAAGAAAAAGAAUUUCAACAAAGCUGAUAGUAGAUCUCAGAAAAAAACAUCCUUGAAUAAACCCUUACAAGAUAAAUUGGGUUUUAAUGAAACAGAUGACACUUCUGAAUCAGACAGUAACAGUGAAACAGAUACCAAUAGAAAAGGAAAGAAAAACAAAGUGUCAUAUUCUACAGAUUCAAGAUUUCAAUCAAAGUUACUCAACACAAACAUUAAAACAGUCAAAGCCAGAAAAGAAGGGAAGGAUUUGAUUUUGAAUUCUGAUAAACCAAAUAUUGACAAUGAAUCAGAUGAAGAAAAGUUUGAAGUGGAUAAUGAUUCAGAUGAAAAUGCUUCUGAUGCAGAAGACUCAGAUUAUGAAGAGAAAAAACCAUUUGGCAAUGACAGUGGUGUGGACUUUGCAAGAGGGGAAGGAAAUAUCUACAGCAGUUCUAGUGAUGAUGAUGAUGAUGAUGAUGAUGAGAGUGGUUCCAACAGUGAUGACAGUGAUGGUCAAGAUGUGUCAAAAUUUGAUCAUAAAUGGGGUGAAGUAGAUGACAAUGUUAUAUCACUGGAAGAGGCGACAUUACGACUGGCUGUGUGUAACAUGGACUGGGACAGAAUGAAAGCCAAGGAUAUCUACGUCCUCCUUAACUCAUUCAAACCUUCUGAUGGAAUAAUCAAGUCUGUCAAAGUUUACCCGUCAGAGUUUGGUAAGGAGCGUAUGGCAGAAGAACUGAAACAUGGACCUAGAGAACUAAAAGAGCUCAAAUUAGACAGUGAUGAGGAAGAAGAAGAUUUAGUUAAUGAAGAAGGUACAACAUAUCACAGAGAGAAGUUACGUGAGUACCAGUUGAACAGACUGAAGUAUUACUAUGCUGUGGUAGAGUGUGACACUGUGGAGACAGCUGAUCAUAUAUACAAGGAGUGUGACGGUAUGGAGUAUGAGUCAAGUGCUACAAAACUCGAUCUCAGAUUUGUACCAGAAGAGGAGACGUUUGAUGAAGGUGAUGUGAGCAGUGUAUGUACAGAGGUUCCAGCCAAUUAUAAACCACAAUUCUUUUUUAAUGCUGCACUUUCACAGUCUAAGGUUGAUCUGACAUGGGAUGAAACAGAUCGUGAACGUGUGCAGUUGACAUCUCAACAAUUCUCAAACAAAGCAGAAGAAGUAGAAGAGGAAGACCUAAAAGCUUAUUUGGCGUCCAGCUCAGAUGAAGAAGGACCAGACUAUAGUGCAAUAUUUGGAAACAAUGAAGAAGAUGAAGACAGUGGAGGUGAAUCAGAUGACGAUAAAAAAUUGGAUAAAUACAAACAGCUUCUUACUGACCUAGAUUCUCAAGAGAGCAAGAAAAAACAUGAUAUUGAGAUGGAGAUUAGCUGGGAACCAGGAUUGAGAGAAGCUACUGAAAAAAUUGUGAAGAAAAAGAAGCAGUCAAAAGAUAGCACAGUUUGGGAAGAUUAUCUACAAAAGAAGAAAGAGAAAAAGAAGAAAAAGAUUGAAGAAAGGAAAAAGAAAAAGAAACCACAAGAGCAAAUGUCAGAUGAUGAACAGAAGAAGGAGGAACCAGUUGAUGGUGAUGUGCAGGCAUUCAGUGAUGAUGAAGUACCAGUAGAUGCUGACAUGGCUGCAUUUAUGGCAGAGGAAUCCUCUAACAAGAAAAAGAAAAAUAAAAAGAAGAAGAAAAAGAAAGUAGAAACAGAAGAAAAUACUGAAACUGCCAAAGAGAAGGCUGAAUUAUCACUGCUGUUGAUGGAUGAGGGUGAUAACAAGAAACAUUUCAAUCUCCGAGAUCUCGUGCAGGAAGAUGGGAAGAAGAAAAAGAAGAAGAAAUUGAAAGAGCAAAAAAAUAAAUUGGAGGAGGAUGACUUUCAGAUGAAUGUAAGAGAUCCAAGAUUUUCUGCCAUGUAUGAAUCACACUUAUUCAACAUUGACCCUUCAGCCCCAGAAUAUCGUAAAACACAAGGGACAGAGGCCAUUAUAACAGAGAAGAUAAAAAGGAGUGGAAAAAGAGAUAAAAACAAAGUGAGCUUGUCCAGUCAGGAGAAUGAGCAAGUGAAGAAACCAAAAUUAAUGGACAAACAAACUAUAAAGGACGAUAAUCUAGCUUCCUUAAUUAAAUCUGUGAAAAGUAAAACGAAACAUUUCCAUAGCAACAAGGCAAAAAGAUAGUGGAUAUAGCUUGCUUAAUUGUAUAUAUUUUUUAUGAGAGAGGGUUUUUUGUCUGUGAAGACAUAAAUGGGUUAGAGUGGACAAUUUCUCACUGAUUAUGACAGUGGUAUCAAAUAUGACACAGACAAGAAAAAACAUUGUUGAUGACCAGUUAUCUAUACUGCAUCUCUUCAAAUAUAGUUGUACAGAAGUAAAUAAGUUUUCAGUUUUUAUUAUGUCUCCCCCAGGAGACAUAUUGUUUUUGCCCUGUCCGUCCGUACGUCGGUACGUCACACUUCAUUUCCGAGCAAUAACUGGAGAACCAUUUGACCUAGAACCUUCAAACUUCAUAGGGUUGUAGGGCUGCUGGAGUAGACGACCCCUACUGUUUUUGGGGUCACUCCGUCAAAGGUCAAGGUCACAGGGACCCGAACAUUGAAAACCAUUUCCGAUCAAUAACUAGAGAACCACUUGACCCAGAAUGUUGAAACUUCAUAGGAUGAUUGUACAUGCAAAGUAGAUGACCCCUAUCGAUUUCGGGGUCACUCCAUUAAAGGUCAAGGUCACAGGGGCCCGAACAUUGAAAACCAUUUCCGGUCAGUAACUUGAGAACCACAUGACCCAGAAUGUUGAAACUUCAUAGGAUGAUGGGUCAUGAAGAGUAGAUGACCCCUAUUGAUUUUGGGGUCACUCUGUCAAAGGUCAAGGUCACAGGGGCCUGAACAUGGAAAACCAUUUCCGAUCAAUAACUAGAGAACCGCUUGACCCAGAACGUUGAAACUUCAUAGGAUGAUUGUACAUGCAGAGUAGAUGACCCCUAUUGAUUUUGGGGUCACUCCAUUAAAGGUCAAGGUCACAGGGGCCUGAACAUUGAAAACCAUUUCCGGUCAGUAACUUUAGAACCACUUGACCCAGAAUGUUGAAACUUAAUAGGAUGAUUGGUCAUGCAGAGUAGAUGACCCCUAACGAUUUUGGGGUCACUCUGUGAAAGGUCAAGGUCACAGGGGCCUGAACAUUGAAAACCAUUUCCGGUCAGUAACUUGAGAACCACUUGACCCAGAAUGAUGAAAUUUCAUAGGAUGAUUGGUCAUACAGAGUAGAUGACCCCUAAUGAUUUUGGGUCACUCUGUUAAUGGUCAAGGCCACAGGGGCCUGAACAUGGAAAACCAUUUCCAAUCAAUAACUUGAGAACCUCUCGACCCAGAAUGUUGAAACUUCAUAUGAUGAUUGUUCAUGCAGAGUAAAUGACCCCUAAUGAUUUUGGGGUCACUCUGUUAAGGCCAUACCAAAUUGAUAUGUCGUUCGUCGGAACUACCGCAUCAAUAACUUCAUUCCCGAGAAAAAAAAAAAAAUCACCCGCCCGCACGUACAUAAAAAUCUCCGAAAAAAAAAUUUUUUUCCCGAUUACGCGGUCCGGAAUAAUAACGGCAAAGCAGGUUUUAUCGCUGUUUUAAUGCGUCAAAGUGAUAUUGAUCGGAUUUCAUGCAUCCGUAAUACAUGUUACUGAUGACCAAAACUCAAAAAGUCAGGAAUUAUGGUGUUGUUCAUCAUUUGUUUUAAAUCUGGAGUGUCUGUGCUAGUGCCACACAUGGCCUUCGAUGUGUCGGUAGGUAAUGAAGUAGGCACGUUCUACUUUUGUUCAAUACAGUGAAAGGAACGAAGCACGACUUGUAAGACGUGCACGGGGAUGGAGUUAAAAAUAUUUGGAAAUAUUGUUCAGAUAUAGUUUUCAAACCAUUUGUUAUCAGUUGUUUAGUUCAGUAUGUUAUAUCUAGAGCCCAAAGCUGAGGCCGACUACUAUCUUAAAAAAAUGUUUGUUCACAGAUCCUGACGGACCUAUCACAUUGUCUAGGCCAAAUCUUUUUGAACGUAACUUCUUUAGUACAGCAGUCAGAUAUUCUAUUGAAACGCAUUUAGUCAAUUUAAAAAUUGUUUAGCUUUCCAAAUAAGUAGUGUAGAUAUAAAAUCUGUCCUUUUGUAACCCCAAUUUUGCCUGUUUGUCUAUUACUUGGCUGUGAAUUGAUAGAACGAAAAAAAAAACUGGAAAAAACAGACCUCCCCAACUCUAAAUUUCUAGUUCAGUCAAAGCAAAACAAACAACACUUUAAGGGUGGCCAUAUAACACUUUAAGGGUGGCCAUAUUUGGAUCAUUCUUUGUCAGUCUUGUUAUCAUUUUUGCCUGAAAUGAAUCUCCACCACAAAAAAACAUAAGCUAGCCUGAUCUGUUAAGAAAUUAUUCCAAAGGGAUUCGAGCAAUGCCGAAGCAUCUGUAUGACCAACUCUGUUUGGUCUCACUGGUCAAGUGGUUUGUUACUUCCCUUCACCUCUAUGGGUUGGAGUUCCACUAGGGGCACAAAGUUGUUCAUGUGCCGAAGCCAUCUAACUGUGCUUCAGAAGAAAUGUUAUUCCACACAUGUGCCUGUUUUGUCUUAAAUAUUCCUCAUGCUGUGCCGUUAAAUAGGCAGGCCUUCAGAUUAAUGUAGAAAAAUCAAAAUUAAAAAUAAGACACUCAUCCCUUAGAAAUUAUAACUAAAAAAACCAAAGUGAUUCAGUGAGGUUUUGCAAGAAUUUAUUUGCAAAAUCAUUCAUGUAGUCUUUAAAACAUAAUAGAAAAGCUAUAUACUGUGUUACCCACACUGUAAAUGUUUGAUUUCUGUGUUAUUUCUAAAGAAAUGUUAACUUCAUGUAUAAUCAUAACCGCCUCCUCAAGGGUCCAAGCUGGGAAAAAAAAUAAAAAAAGCCCGCUCGCUCCAUGUAAAAUCUACCCGCCUCUGAAAAAAUCAAAAUUGAGAAGAAAAAAAUAAAAUAAAAAUUUCGCUCGCCCGCUCCAAUUUUUUUUGAAAAUUUUCCGAAGAACUAUUAAUCAAUUUGGUAUGGCCUAAAGGUCAAGGUCACAGGGGCCUGAACAUUGAUAACCAGUUCCGAUCAAUAACUUGAGAACCUCUCGACCCAGAAUGUUGAAACUUCAAAGGAUGAUUGAACAUGCAGAGUAGAUGACCCCUAUUGUUUUUGGGGUCACUCCGUUAAAGGUCAAGGUCACAGGGGCCUGAACAUUGAUAACCAGUUCCGAUCAAUAACUUGAGAACCACUUGACCCAGAAUGUUGAAACUUCAUAGGAUGAUUGAACAUGCAGAGUAGAUGACCCCUAUUGAUUUUGGGGUCAGUCUAUUAAAGGUCAAGGCCACAGUGGCCUGUUCAUGUAAAAUCAUUUUUUGAAAAUAAGUUGAGAACCACUUGACCUACAAUGUUGAAACUUAAUAGGAUAAUUGGACUUGGAGAGUAGAUGACCCCUAUUUAUUUUGAGGUCACUUGAUCAAAGGUCAAGGUCACAGAAGCCUGAACAGUGACUUGAGAACCACUAGGCCAAGAGUGUUGAAAUUUAGCGGGAUGAUUUGACAUGCCAAGCAGAUGAUCCCUAUUGCAGCCAACCAUCAGUGUCUCUUUGACUUUGCUCCUGACCCCUAUUGACUUCUUGCCUAUAGGACUUUGCAUUGGGGGAGACAUGCGCUUUUUUACAAAAGCAUUUUCUAGUUUAACCAUUUAUGAAUUCGCGACGGGAGGGUCAGAAAUUCAAAUUCGCGAAGGUUCUAAUCUUAUUUUAGCCAAAUUCCAAUUCCGGAAGUCGUGAUUACAUUCAUUCCUAUUCUUUCGUACCGUAACGAUUUUAUGCACGCCAAAGACUUACACCUGGUCAGUAACAGUUAUUUCGUAUUAGUGAUUGUUUACUUUAUUCACACAAAUUGCUUUUGUUUGACUGAUAUUGAAUGAAAAGAAUCCUUUAUUCAAUUUA